GAAUGGAGGCCGUGCUAUCCUCGACUGUGUGCAUAUCAUGAUUGCCAAAGUUUGGCAGCCGCAUGGGGUCUUGGCCCACCAACCACCUCAAUUGAACCUCGUCCUACGGGUGCCUCUCAAGCGCAAAGUCCUUGUGAGGACGAUUCUGGCGAUGGCAAAUGCAAUGACCUUCUUGUUUCGUGUCCCGCUUUCAGGAAUGAACUCGGUGGUGAACCAAUUCGUCGGUUAGCACUAACACGACGGCACUCUCAAGUGGCUGGCAGUGAUCUGGUGAAAUCAGAGUAUGAAAGCUGGCAACGUGAACAGACUGCUGCUGAAUCGGCGAUUCUUGAAGAUGUCAGCAAUGUUUAUUUGGGUGGAAGAUUAUGUGCGGCACGUCAGCCGAAGAUUGUUAUCGAACCACAAGAUAUUGGCUCGUAUUAUUAUAGGCAUUGCUUUGUGGGCAGACGUGAGUUCAAUAGAGAUUUCGAUUGGUUUUUGUUUUGUCCGGAGCUUCUUAAAACACAUUCAAAUUAUCUCGGAACCGAUGAUACGUUCGGCCCAGUGGCUCUUUCCAUGAUUCGAGAGAAUGUCGAGCAUAAAAAAUCAAACGGCGUCCAUUCAAUGGCCAUCUACCGAAUGAUCGUUCGAAUCAGUGAUGUUCGCUCUUUCUCAUUAAAUGCUUUCAGUUUCUCGUUGUUUCAAAAAGUGCCUUUCCAUACAAACAUCCGAGAGCUUUAUCUCUUCUCAUUAAAACACUUCCACAUAAAUUAUCUUGCUCCGACUAAGUUUAGCUUCAGGACACUUUCAUUAGAACAGUGGUUCAGCAAAAAAAACUACUAUCGCGUAAUCCGGGGAAUUUCAGCGCACAAUUCUGCUGAUGUCAAUUUUUGCUAUUACGAUGUCAACUCAUUGAAAUUCUCAUGCUUGAAUCACUAUCGGAAAUACAUUCCGAUAGUAAGAUGGCCUUUUUGGAGUGCAACUGAACAUUUUCAAAUUCUAGAAAAUGGAUCGCCAGCUUUUGAAGAAUUUUUGGAUUUUCUCGGUCAACGAGUACGUUUAAAAGGGUUCGAUCAGUACAAAGGUGGGCUUGAUAUUCGUGGUGACACCACUGGUACAUACUCGAUUUAUGCCGAAUAUCAAGCUCAUGAGAUUAUGUUCCAUGUUUCGACACUACUGCCGUUCACACACAGCAAUAGGCAACAGUUGGCUCGUAAACGUCAUAUUGGAAACGAUAUGGUCACGUUGAUAUUUCAAGAGCCGGGCGCAUUACCGUUUAGUCCAAUAACUGUUCGCUCUCAUUUUCAACACGUCUUCAUUAUCGUUCGUGCCAAUCAUCCGUGUACAGACGACGUCACUUACACGUACGUCUCAAUCAGUCUCGUAUUAAAACCUCAUUUGUGUGAACAGUCAAGCUAA